AUGGCCCUCACACGCGGCUCCACCGGCCACGCUGCCCCGCGCAAAGCCUACGUCCCCGCCCCUUCCACCGCCGGUACCAAAACCACCAAGACAAAGACCAAGACCAAGACAACCACUAAGAAACCAGCUUCAGGCUCCGGUGGGGUCGCCAAACCGAAAGCAAAUACUUCCAAGCCUCGCGCAAAGGCCACGACAGGUGGACGCGUCGCUAAGGCACCUGCGACAAAGAACAAGCGGACCCCGACCGCGAAGGACAAGGUGAAGGGCACGGUCAAGAAGGCGGUGGGCAAGGCUGAGAAGAAACCGGGGAAGAAGGGCGCAGGGACCAAAGAAAUCAAAGGGACGGAUGGCAAGGGCGCUAAGCGUGCAUAG